AUGCCGAACAAUCUGGUGGUAGAACCCAUCAAAAUGGAAGACAUCAUCAAAAGCAGAGAGACCAGCGACAGCAGCAUGGAUAUCCGGCAGGAGGAAGGAGAUACCCGCCAAAGACACCAACAUCCAAAACAGGGGUCAUCUUCUUCAGGACCAAAGGACAACCGCACCUUUCAACCCAUCAGUUCAAACUUUUUGAAUAACCUUCUUAUGAUGGAGCCUUCAGAGGCAGCAAUUCAGCUUGGUUCGUUGAAGGGAAGCUUUGUCGCAGGUCUCGAGGGAGUUGAUGUAGAUGCCAAGAAACAACGUCUAUUUUGGAACGUUCUUGCUCAUCUUUCCGAUGGUGUCGGCGUGGCCAGUACAGUUAUUAUGAUUUUUACGGUAGUUGUUGGUUCUAGUCUCUUUAAUAAACACCUACCACUUCUUCUGAUUGGAAAGCGGGGAAAAGCUUGCAAAGGAGGCGCUCCUGAAUUUGUAGGGUUCAUCGCGGUACUCUUGAGAGUACUUGAGUCAAUGUCUUCCAGUAUUCCGAGUAGAUUGGCAGACAUCAAGGUACCCUUGGUACUCAUGGAAGACGUGGUUAACUCCAUCGAUGGAGAGUUAACACAGGACGUCACACUUUCUCUCAAGAACCUCUUAGAAUAUAUAGAGUCUGUUGAAGCGGAUAAAGAGUUAGCGCACAUGAAGCAGCGGUUUUCAUCGAAACCAGCACCAGAUGACUUCAGACAGCAAAGCAUCCUUCCAAGUUAUGAAGAACUGAAACCAUCUUAUCGUCCAUACUUGAGGCCUCAUAUAGUGAAAGGAGUCUACCCAAACGCAAAUCAUUACUUUGAAGUGCAUUUCAGGCUCAUGAAAGAGGAUUUCAUCCAGCCUCUCAGAAGUGGUUUAGAUCAAUAUCUUCUUAACAAGCAAGUUCAGCCAAAGAAUAGAGUAAAAGUUCAAGAUGUCCGGAUCUACGAGGAGGUAAAACUUAUCCGGCCCGAGGCCAACAAUUUCGGGGUGACCUAUCUGAUGUCAUUUAAAAGGAUGCCUCACGUCAGAUGGGAAGUGUCGAAACGCUUGAUUUACGGUUCACUUGUCCUACUAUCAGUUGAUGAAUUCAAAUCGUACAUUCCAGCAACUGUAGCAAAUAGUGAUGCUAGACAACUUGCACACGGGGUGGUGGACAUACGACUUCUCGAUGAAGCAAUGUCAUCUUUGAUUGGCAAAACAUUUGUCAUGGUGGAAUCAACGGUCUUCUUCGAGGCAUAUCGUCAUGUUUUGACGGGUCUCCAGCAGGUAAGCCCUACAGCUUUUCCAAUGGCAAGGUAUAUUCUUGAACUGAGGCCUGACAUAAAUCAUCCAACAUAUAUGAAGAGCUCGGGCCAUGCCAUACUUGAUGUGUCUAAUCUCAUGGUUGGCGGAAAUCCAAAUAACGCCACUGAUGGCAUCAAACCUCAGGUUACCCCUUCAAUGAGCAUUCAAAUCAAUCGUAUUCCGACAUAUAGUGCUCCAGAACAAGGCAAAAUUGACACCCCCUUUCCCAUAUCAGUUCUGAAUGAAUAUGCCUGGCCAGGAGCUAAGGAAACCAAGCUAAACCCAUCUCAACUAGAAGCAGUAAAAGCUGCUCUGACACAAGAACUGUCCCUGAUUCAGGGACCUCCCGGAACAGGAAAAACAUACAUCGGAUUGAAAAUUGUUGAAACUCUCCUCAAGAACAAGAAUUGCUGGUCAGAUAAAGAAACAGGUCCUAUUCUACUGGUCUGUUACACAAACCACGCAUUGGAUCAGUUUUUACUUGGCAUCAAGCAAUUUCAAGAUGAAGGCAUCAUCCGAGUCGGAAGUCGUAGCAAAUGCCCAGAGCUGGAAAAUAACAAUCUGAAACAAGCCAUUCGAAUGAAGCGUUUCAGGAAUACUGGUAAUAAGUACAUUACACGCCGUGCUGGGAACAUCAAACGGGAAACUACGUUGGUGAAACGUGCUCUUACGGGCGUGCAAACAAGAAUCCAGUUGAGUUCUCAAGGUAUUUUGAGGGAGACGGAAUUAAAGCGUUUCCAUGUCAUGUCUGAAAAGCACUUCAACAGUAUGAAGAAAAUAGAAAAAUUUGGGUAUGCCGAUUCGUGGAUGAUAGAAUGGUUAAUUCCUGACAAUGAGAGCGUGAAGGAAGUUGGACAAAAUCACAAAGAAGGGACCACUUGUGACAAGGAAAUCGGAGAAGGGGACGCAUUGGAUUCUGAAGAAGUUGAUAAAUUGGAUGAUAAUAUCGACGUAGAAAAUGAAAGAGACUUGAUUGAGUCAGAGCGAGUUAACAAUGAUGACGUAGAAGAUGAUGAAUCAUCGGAAGUCAAAGUUGUCAAGAACUUAUCUCCGCUAGCAGUUUACUACGACGAUCUGUUAUCAUCAGACGAAAUAGAGAAGGAUGUAAAGAAUUUCCUGAGGGAAAAGACAAACUUGCAAAAGGAAAUGAAUCCGAACCAAGUUACUUACAUACGAGACGUUUGGGUGCUUGAUGUUACCCAACGCUGGGAACUAUAUCAUCACUGGUUAGGCGAAUAUAUGUCAAUCCUAGAAGCACAGCUCCCUGUUCUCCAAAACGAGUAUACUCAAUUAUGCACGGAGUUGCAGGAGACAAAUGAUUACGAGAAAUGUCUGGUCCUACAGCAAGCUACAAUAGUCGGUAUGACGACUACAAGGGCAGCUAGUGAACGUGAAUUGCUGAAAAGAGUACAACCAAGGAUUACCAUUGUUGAGGAAGCUGCAGAGGUGCUCGAGUCACACAUAAUUACAUCGCUACAUUCUACCUGUCAGCAAUUGAUCCUGAUUGGUGAUCAUCAACAACUACGCCCAAAGCCAAAUGUUUACCAACUAGCAACAAAAUAUCAUCUCGAUGUUUCCAUGUUUGAACGUCUGGUAAAGAAUGGAUUCCCCUACAAGAAACUCAGACAGCAGCAUCGUAUGAGGCCUGAAAUAUCGUCAUUGAUGAGAGAUCACUUCUACCCGGAACUCGAAGACCACGAAUCCGUGUCUUCAUAUCGAGACGUAAGAGGGGUGGAGAAAAACAUCUUCUUUCUUGAUCAUCAGGAAGAAGAGGCACACGUAAAAGAGACAAUGAGUCACUACAAUCUCCAUGAAGUUGAUUUUACAGUAGAAUUGUGUAGGUACCUUCUGAACCAGGGUUACAAACCUGAACAGAUUUCUAUACUCACUGCCUACACUGGACAAGUACUGAAGUUCAAAGGGAAAAUGGACAGAGCUACGUUUGAAGGCGUAAGAGUGGCUUCAGUCGACAACUACCAAGGGGAAGAAAAUGACAUCAUUCUACUCUCCUUCGUACGAAGUAGUCAGAAUGGCAAGAUAGGCUUCCUGAGCAUCACCAACAGAGUGUGUGUGGCGCUUUCGAGAGCAAAAGAAGGGCUGUAUUGCAUUGGGAAUUUCACCCUUUACUCUAAGAAAUGCAAAUUGUGGAGUGGAAUCUACGACGAUUUGAUUGCCAACUGUCGUAUAGGUGAUGUGUUGAAUUUACAGUGUUACAACCAUCCGCACAACAAGACGGACGUGAAAAGAGCAGCUGAUUUUCAGAAGGUUCCUUAUGGAGGAUGUGGAAUUCCUUGUGGAACGUUGCUCGAUUGCGGACAUGUGUGUGUCAAUUUGUGCCAUCCGGUUGAUCGACUACAUGAAAACUACAUCUGUCCCAAACCUUGCACAAAGAAGUGUGAAAGAGGCCAUGCCUGUUCUGAGAUAUGCGGAAUCGAAUGUCCACCAUGCCGUAAGAAAAUGGAAAAGAAACUGCCGUGUGGUCACUUUCGUGUCAUGAAAUGUAGCCAAGAUCCCACAUCUGUAAAAUGCGAUGUGAUAGUUGAGAAAACAAAGCUUCCUUGUGAACACUUUGUUAAGCUUCCGUGCUAUAUGGAUAUCCACAGCUUUGAAUGCCCUACAACAGUGCGAAGACAACUCCAGUGUGGCCACUUUAAAUUUGAGAGGUGCAGUGAGCAUGGAAUGUGCUCGGUCAUUGUCAGCAAGGAUUUACCAUGUGGACACAUAAAGCUGAUAGAGUGUUCAAAGACGGACAAUCCCGACAUUGUAUGUACUGAAUUGGUUUCGAAGACUCUGCCUUGUUCUCAUAGAAAAGAACUUGAAUGCAACGUUGUACCAGAUAAAGUCCUUUGUCUUAUAGUUGUCACAAAGACACGUCCAUCCUGCGGUCACCUAGUUAUCGAAGAAUGCUCGACACAAAGUGAUUGCUCUCAGAUUGUGGUCAAGAGUCUGCCAUGUGGUCACAGAAUGAAUAUGGAGUGCUCUACAGACGCGAAUGGUGUGUUUUGUCAAGAAAAAUGUGAAAAGAAGCUCGCUUGUGGACACACUUACACUGGAAUAUGUGGAGAAAAGUGCAUUACGAAAUGUGAAGUGUUCGUAAUCCGAAACGACUGGCCAUGUGGUCACAGAGUAAAUGCAAGGUGUAGCGAUGGACCAGAUUCAUGCCAUGUCAGAUGUCAGACCGAACUUGAUUGUGGGCACAUGUGCCAUGGGACAUGUGGUUCAUGUAUGGGAGGUCGAUACCACCUACCAUGCCGAGAAAAAUGCGACCGUACUCUGGUAUGUGGACAUAAGUGCACCCUCGAUUGUGUUAGCCCGUGUCUUCCUUGUUCCAAGACAUGUGAGAACUUUUGCGACCACAUAAAAUGCAAUCAUCCAUGCGGAGAAGUGUGUCCCCCUUGUACAAAACGGUGUAACUGGAAUUGUCCGCACAGCGAGUGUCGAAUGCUCUGCUGCGAGACAUGCUCCAGAUUACCCUGUGAUGAACCCUGUCCGAAGCAGCUGAAGAAGUGUGGUCACCCAUGUGCCGGCCUGUGUGGAGAGAUCUGCCCAAAACUCUGCCGCAUCUGCGACGAGGUGAAGCUGAAGGAAAUCUUUGCUUCUCAGGACACAGAUGCAUACAGAUUCAUGCAACGGGAAGAAUGCGGACACGUUUUUGAAGUAUCCGAACUCGACAGGCACAUUGGUCUUCACCAAAAGAAGACCACAAACUCGUUUAUUUUGUUGAAGAGAUGCCCAAAAUGCAGCACGCCAUUACGUCACAGUAGACGAUACGGAACUAUCAUCAAGCUAUCGAGGAGGCACGUGUUGCAUGUCAAGAGGAAGAUGGAAGCUAGGAAGAGGCAGGUAAUGUCGGGAAAACGUGAUUUACAACAGAACAUGAAGAGAACCCUUACCCUUGCAAAUCUACGCCCCCUAGGUAUCGAACAUCACACCAUAGGGAUCUGGCUUCGUAGACACAAUGAGCUUAAAAUGGAAUAUGAACCGGCUUUCACGUCUCGACUCCUACUCAUACGUAUAUUGAUUGAGAUGCAUGAAAUGUUAACCAAUGAAUGUACAAAGUCACACCGGGAUAAGUUAAGUUCCAAGAGUAAAAGUUCCUUAUGGAAAGGACACAAUGAUGUGGCUAAAGCACAGAUGGCUGAGCUGGGCAAGGCAGUUCUUAGAGAUGCCACUAGCUUUUCGCGCCAAGAAGCUAAUGACCUUCAUGAAGUAAUGCAUCGAACCAUUUACACUGUACUUCUACUGAUUAAUUGGCUGAAGCCAACGGGCCGGCAAAGUUUCCAGCACCUUGAAUAUUUUCUUAAACUACUUGACGGGAAACACUUUCUCCGUGAUCAUGGUGAUGCAGACUUGAAGCAGAUACGACAGGUUCUCGACGACCUCUACAAAUCUACUUUAGAUAAAUGGCUAGAGAAUAUUAAGGAAUUUCACCCAAGUCGUACGACGACCUUUGCCCGUGAGAAAUGGCGUCAAUGUCCGAAAGGGCAUACAUUCAUGGUUCAGGAGGACACAGAUAGCAUUCUAAAAAUAGACUGUGAUGUAUGUUUGCACAUGAAAUCAAGAGACAUUUCAGCGAAAGAAGGUCAAUCCCUCAAUGCAAGUUCUUCUGCCACUGCGGAGCAAAGAUUGUCAGAAAGAGAGUUUCGUCGUCUUGCAAUAGAAGUUGCAAGUUGUGGGCCACGACGCGGACCGGGGAAAAUGCCAUAUAACAGCGCGCGAAGUAUGAACACUUCCCACAAUGCCACCAAGGUUGAUCGUGGUAAACCUAGUACUAGACGAGGUCGACAAAGACGUGCUGGUCGAGAUGAUGGUCAGCAAAAUACGUCUGGAAGGUCUGGGGAUGUCCCGAGAGAAACUGUUAGGCCGACGGUUGAGCAGCACACUUCAACUUCCGGUCAAAGUCGAGCAGCGAGAAGUACAGGCAUUACUUUCAGAGAUAAGAGGCAGUCAGAAGGAAAGGUGAAUCCGAGUAAUAAAAAGUCCAAAUCACCAGAACCUAGCGAUCGCGCACCUGAUCAUGUUUCAAAUAAUUCUCGGAGAAGAAACAGAAAUCGAGGUGGUGGUCGAGGAAAUGGCCAAAGUGGGGAUGGUGUUGGAGACAAAUAG